AUGAAUUUUCAAUAUUCAGUCGGUGUUAAAAUCGGUAGCGGUGAUGUUAUCAAUAUAUUAAAGUUAAAUUGUGAUCGAUGCAAACGACUUCGACAAUUAAUUCUUGGAAUAAUGAAUUUUACAAAAGAUCUUUAUGUUAUGAAAACUCAUUUAAAAAUAUAUAAAGAUAAAAUCGAUUUAACUUUACAUAAUAAAAGAAGAUUCUUAUUUGGUUCAUGUACAAUUAAAUGA